CAGUACAGCUCUCACAGCGUCCCGGGACACAAGCCCCCCACCCUAGUCAUAAUAGUGCGCUUGUUUACUUUUGUCGUUUUUCGCGGUCGCGUAGGCGUACAUAGUGAUUCGACACACUAGUGUGCGAUCGGUAUGAACAAAGUGUGAAAUGGUGUUGGACUCUGGCGUCGGGGAUGUGCUCGAGAUGCAGCAGGAGAAGACCAAAACGGAGGAAGAGCGGACAGAGGAAGCGGCCACGGAGGUCGGGGUGAGUGAGGAAUUGCUGCAGAGAUCGCUGCAGAGUAUGGCGCUGACGCUGCAGACCGCCAUGAUGUCGUCGCUGCAGCAAGCUGCACUGUUGCCCCCCAACUCACCCGCGGCUGCAGCGCUGAACCUACAAGCCUUCGAGUCCUACCUGACGCUACAUCGCCUCAGCACGACCGUCCAGAGGCCGUCCAGUCCCGCGGCUUCGCUACCGGACGAUCUACCCUCUGAGGAGCUCGAGGACGACCCUAGCCUCCUAGAGGACGAGGGUGAUGACGACCCCCCUCCCCCCACCGCCACCUCCCCCAACCCCCAGUUCCCGGCGUUCCCCGGGGAGUCUUUCUACCCUUCGCUGCUUCUUUUUCAGCCCGAGGGUUCUAAUACGUCAAAAACGGCGACAAAACAAAAAGCGUCUGCACCAUCCUCCUCCUCCUCGACAUCCACGACUUCGCGACCAAAGAAGCAGUUCAUCUGCAAGUUCUGCAAUAGACAGUUCACCAAGUCGUACAACCUGCUGAUCCACGAGCGCACUCACACGGACGAGCGACCUUACUCGUGUGACAUCUGCGGCAAGGCGUUCCGUCGUCAGGACCAUCUCAGAGACCACAGGUACAUCCACAGCAAGGAGAAGCCGUUCAAGUGCGGAGAGUGCGGCAAGGGGUUCUGUCAGUCGCGUACUCUGGCGGUACACAAGAUCCUCCACCUGGAGGAGUCUCCUCACAAGUGUCCUGUCUGUAGCCGCAGCUUCAAUCAGCGGUCCAACCUCAAGACCCACCUGCUCACCCACACCGACAUCAAGCCCUACAACUGCUCCGCCUGCGGGAAGGUGUUCCGACGUAACUGUGACCUCCGGAGGCACAGUCUGACCCACAACCUCGGAGCUGUUGCGGAGGCUGCCCCGCUCAGUCUGGAGGCGGCGGCGGCGAGGGACAAGGCGGAGGCUACUCAGUCGGAGUCCACGGUGGCGACUCAAGAGUUGACUUAGAAGUGUCUUGAGUCUAUCAAUAUUUCCAAGGUGAUCAAUGCCAUCAUGCAGCUCUCAGAGUCGCCAAGUGACUUGUGAGUUUCCAUAAACUCUUGUUGGUUUGGUUAAUUUGAGCAUUUUAGGGAAUUAUUUUUAUGUAGAAUCGUGGGACGAAUGUCGUGCUGAGAAAAGUCUUGAGUUCAUCAUAAUUCCUUUCAUCAUAUUAACGGAAUGUCGUUGUCACCAAACACCUUUCAGAGUUUUAAGAAGACUUAUACCUUAACAAGGACUCUUAAAUGAAGUAUAAUGUUGAACUUAUUGAGAGAAUUUGCUUGAUGAAGAAUUGUGUUAAAAAGCAUUAUAUGUCAUAGAAGACUUGAGAUACAGGAAGGUUCAUGACAUGUCUCUUUUAUAUUUUUCUGACAUAUCAUUAACAACCUCUUCCUGAAACAGUAUGAUUGAACGAAGACAUUCGGAUGAAAUAGAGUACGCCACUGAAGAACACUUCUGGCUGAAACUACGUCAUAUUUCUCGUUGCUAACUCAUUCCCAUUUAAGGGUUUAUACGUUUGUAAGGUAAAAUAAAUGGGGCUUCUUUACUUAUUUCGUGAUGUCUUAAUAUGAGUGAAAAAAUUAUACUUACUUCAUUAACUAACUGGUUAUAGUAGUUCCGUGGGAGUGAUAAUGACUGCAUAUAUAUAUACAUAAGCUGUAAGGUUUAUUCAAUAUAAUACCUUAUUGUGUAAAGUUGUUGAUUGCAAAGUUUUACUAAAAUAUCUCUUAUAUUUAAGUUGUACUUCUUUCUCACUUAAAUAGUAUAUUUUCUGAUUUUAAUAGUACUAGGAAACACUAGCUAUGGAAAAUGUUGUAAAUGAUUGCCAAUUAUUCUCACAACGUCUCUAAACAUAAGACUUUGAUUAUAAUGCUGUGAUAUUUGGGGCAAUCUUUUUAUAAUUUUGUUUUCAUUUUCACCAAUGUUUAUGUAAUUAUAUUCUGUGUGUUUACUGUGCAGUGGUUAAAAGGUUAUUACUGCUUACAUGAUAAAGUCUUUGUAAAGACAUGAGCAUGUUACAGUCAUAAUUUCUGCACAAAGAUGUGCUUUUUUUAAGAAAGUGUUGUUUUCUUAAUACUAAUGAAAUUUUCUGAGCUACUUACGAAUUUGAGUAAGAUGUUGCUUUGAAAUUGCCAGGAUUUUUCAUGUCUGAUUACAUUUAUGCUCUUUAAUUGUAGUGGAAAAUACCUGUGGCAAGAAUACAUAGGCGCCCUUCUAACCUUGAACAAAACCAGGUUCUUAGUUAAUAAUUUAACAAUUCUCACAUAGAUUGUGUUUAUAUUCAUGUCGUUCUCUUAGUUGUAUUGUUAGUUAAAUAGGUCUGUAAAUUAUAGCAUUUCUAAAUAUUGUAAUAAAUAUUUGUUUUUGUGCAAUCACUUUUUUACGUAAGACUAGAGAGUUUAAUAAUGUUUUUGCGUAGUUUUAACAUGUAUUUGACCUUUUUGACUGAUCUUUCUGAUCUUUUAGAUACGUGUAAUGUAUAUAUGAAAGGUAUCGUUAUUAGUUUUAAGUUUGCUGAUUCCUUCAAUUAUGUCACAUAUGUUCGACACUCGAUUGUACAAAAGCUGAAUAGUUUAAACUGUAAAUGCAGUUUUUAUAGUGCCUUUUCUUGUUCAGUAUUUUUAUACAGGGUGUUCAUUUGAAAACUUUCCAUAUCUGUUGUGUG